ACAUAUGUGGUUUUUAUGGGCAUCUUUCGUGUUCGAACCCCCCCCCCCCCAAAUCGCUUACUUCUUUUUUUUCGCGAAUCAAGAUUUGGGGUCAUUGUGAGCCACUAUUCGGAGUUGCAUUCAUUCGCAGUUUGCAAAAUUGCGGCGAGAAUUUUAGCAAUUAUAGUUGGAAUGUCUGGGGAAGGCUUUGACGGACAGGAUGCGGGCUAUGUGCCUGAGAGCCCCAAUUUUCCACAAAAUCAUUCUGAUGACCAUGAUACAGGAGGGAUUGAUAAUACCGGGUUUGCUGAACAAGAGUCUGUAGAACAUGAUGCAGGCAAUGUAGUUGAGGAAUACAAUCCUCCAGAAAAUCAUUUGGAUGGAAUUGAUGCUGGAGAUUUGCCCAAAAGUUCUGAAUCUCCACAAAAGCAUAUUCUAGAACAUCAUGAAGCAGGAGAUAUGCCUGAGAGUUUUGAUUCUCAGAAGCAGGAACACGACUUAGAUUCAAAAGGAACGGAAAUAAAACGGUGGCCAGGGUGGCCAGGAGAAAAUGUAUUUAGAAUGCUGGUUCCCGUUCAGAAGGUUGGCAGCAUUAUUGGCCGCAAGGGGGAAUUUAUUAAGAAAAUUACUGAAGAGACAAAAGCUCGUAUUAAAAUACUUGAUGGUCCCCCUGGAACCUCAGAAAGAGCUGUAAUGGUAUCUGCAAAAGAAGAGCCAGAUCGUACCAUACCACCCGCUGUGGAUGGCUUGUUAAGGGUUCAUAAACAAAUUGUCAAUGUUGACCGUGAUCCUGCAGAUAGCGCAUCUGUUGCUGGGCGCUCAGUUGUUACAAGGCUUCUUGUCGCUGAUACUCAAGCAGGAAGCUUGAUUGGGAAGCAGGGGUCUACUAUAAAAUCCAUUCAAGAUACAUCUGGUUGUACCAUACGAGUCCUUGGAUCAGAGCACCUGCCAGUUUUUGCUCUGCGAGAUGAUAGUGUUGUUGAAAUACAAGGUGAAUCUGCUGGAGUUCACAAAGCAGUUGAACUCAUUGCAACUCAUCUACGAAAGUUCUUGGUAGACCGAAGCAUAGUUGGAGUAUUUGAAACACAGAUGCAAUCGCCGGAUGUCCGAGCCAACCAGAAUGUGCCACCACACCAGCCAUGGGGUCCUCCUCCUCAAGGAUUUCCAGCUCCUGCAGCUGGUGGACCUCCAUUUGCUCCUAACCCUCAAUAUAUGCCACAUUCACAUCACUACGAUAACUAUUACCCACCUGCUGAUCUGCCUCCUAUGGACAAGCACCUUCAUCAGGGACCACCUGCUUAUGGAAGGGAUGCUUCUAUGGUGUCGGGUGCGCAGCCACAACAAUCUGUUGUGACUAAGGUUACACAGCAUAUGCAAAUUCCUCUGUCCUAUGCAGAUGCAGUUAUUGGAACAUCAGGUGCAAAUAUCAGCUAUAUUCGUCGUGCUAGUGGAGCAAGUAUUACAAUUCAGGAGACAAGGGGUGUGCCAGGGGAGAUGACUGUUGAAAUAAGCGGGACUGCUUCGCAAAUACAGACUGCCCAACAGCUGGUGCAGAACUUCAUGGCUGAAGCUGCAAGCACAGCACAAGAUCAAAUGGGGGGAUCAGUUGGGCAAGGCUACAAUUCGUAUCCCGCAAAUGCUCCUGUUUAUGCAUCCCCACCCUCAAGUGCUGGGGCCCAUACAGGGCAUGCUCCGGCCGCUGAUUAUGGGCCGGUAUACGGCACCAAUUAUGGAUAUUGAGAAUGUUGCAUUAAAUUGUAAUUGAGGGGACGCUUCUGUUUUGGUAAACACCGUUGAGUUUUUAACUGUCGAGUGGGGUAUCUAAUUAAACUUGGGAUUCUGUCAUAUACCCCAUAGGUUUAUGUUGUAUCCAUGCAUGGUAAAUGACACUGCGUAGGAUUCAGAAGAUGAGAUUAUUUAGUGGGGUUUUAAUUUGGUAAUUCUUAAUGAGCUUUUCCUGGUUAAAACACCCGUGUUGUUGUGAGGUCGUUUUUGUUUGGGAUUUUGGAGCGUAGAGUUGGGAAUGACGGGCGUAUUGAGGAAUCAGGGGAGGAAAACAUUGAAGUGCUAGUGUGCUGCGUGUAGUCUGAUUUCCCUUCCGUAAAUGUUGGAAGAGUACCAUUGAAGAACCUCCAUUCUGCACAGUAGGCCAUCCGAUAUGUCAAGCAAAAUUCCAACGUGAGCGAGCCAAAUUUAGUGACCCAUAUCAGAUAUCCGAUUCAGUUUAGAUGAAUGUAACGUGUGAUCCCAGCCUGAUUAUGUACUCCCUCGUUAUUUUACCUGUUGAUUUUUAAUUAAAAUAUUUUCUCUACAAAA